AUGCAGUGGGACACUCUCCCCAGUUCUCAGGACGCGCCGUUACACGACCUCAGUGGAGCCGUUGGACCAGUUCCAGUUCCUUUCGAUCCCGCUGGUAAGGUUUUUACUUACCUUUUCUCAUCCGUAGUACAACUAAAAUAAAAUAAUUUCAUGGGCUUGUAACGCAGUGACUGAAUUAAUCAGCGACGUGACACUGACACAAAAAUUCCGUGUAGUGCUUUCGUUUUUGAUUUGAUGAUCAGGUCCCACUUUUUCAAUAGUUGGAUAGGCACUUUCCAACCGAGGCACCCACUAUCAAGUGGCUAAGUGUAAGGGAAACCAAUAGCGUUAUCCAUUGGCUGGUUAUUUGAUCUGAUUUAUCCAUGUUAAAAUAUUGGGCGCUGAAGGUCUGCCUUCUAUAAUAUCCCAAGUGGGCUUUUUUUCAUGUGGAAUUCAGUGGGCGUUGCUUUGAUUUCCAGUUCAGGCUUCCCCGUCACCAUCUUUUCUGUAUAUUUUUUUCUCAAUUCUACAAACUUUAGCGUGGCAAAAACAAAUAACUCAAAUCAAACUGAAUAACGUCAAGAGAUCAGGAGAAAUGUUCUUAAAGACCAUGCGCCGGUUAUGAAAACAAAUUUUAGACGGCGUUUAACGAAACCGUCUUCUAAGUCUUUUUUUCUUCUUUUAAUUGCAAUGUGCAUGCCCUUCUCCGACCUGAUAUCUAAACAUCGUUUGGUGUCAAUAGGGUAAGAAAACUACGUAUCUAUUUAAAAAUAUUGGGGGUUACCGUCUCUUAAACUAGCGUUGUAAGUUAACCUGUUUUAAUAACAAUCGCUUUUUAUCAUCGUAUUACUUGUGGGAAUCGUAAUUCUCUCCUUUUUUCACUACAGCUGAUCCGAUGUUGACAGGAGCGUCUAUUACCACAGCACAUGGAUCAGUCCAUGGUCUGGCACCUGUUGAACCUUUCACUGCAAACCCCGUUCACAUUCAGUAUCCACAGCAUUACUCCUCCCCUGUUAUCCAAUCCCAUCAUCACAGUACCCCGUCCUCCAUCUUUACACCUGGAAGAUCCUUGGGUAGCAAUUCGUAUCUCGUCGGUGAUCCUGGCCUGUUCACAUUUACACAGUCUGAGCCCAAUUUGGGAAGUUUGUCCGUUGAUGAGGUAAAGAGGCCGGAUUCACAAAAUUGUUAUUAAACAUUGGUUAAGUUUCAUAUUUAAUAAAAGAGACUUCAUGGGAUUAAAUGCGCUUUUAAUAACAAGCAUGUUUAUAAUAGAAGAGUUAUUCAGCGUCCCUGGGCAGCAAAAGUGUGAGAACUCGACGUGGUAUCCCAAUACACUCGUAGUAAUAAAGGUUUAAGGACUCAUUUUACUUGUCAUUAGUCAAGAACAGGUUAUGUGAGAUUAUCAACAGACAAACAGGAUUAUUAUAAUAAAUGACAGUAGGAAGUGGGUCCAGAGAGGUGGGAUUGAUCGGUAUGUUUUACUUUAGUAAAAGAAUCCCAUACAGUCCAGUACAGUCUCUCUUAACCCUUUAAACCUCAGUAUCCACAUACGAAUUCUCCAUACUGAUCUCAAUACAUUUCCUUAAAGAAUCAGUUGAGAGUUGAGUUGCUUCUUGUACUGAUUUUCUAGUGUCCUCUUUUCAUAAAUUAGUAAACACUUUCUUUUUACUCGAUUAUAUUCUCAGCUUUUCCUCACUGACUUGUUCUUCUCCUUCAGAUGUACAAAUUCUGGAUGAGUUGAAGUGGGACACUCGCCCCAGUACUCAGGACGUGCUGUUGCAGGAUCCUGGAGCCAUUGGAUCAGUUCCAGUCCCUCUCGAUCCUGCUGGUAAGGUUUUUUACCCGUAGUACGACUAAAACAACAUGAUUUGAUUGGUUUGUAACACUGCGACUCAAGCAGCAAUGUGAGAAUACAGGAAACUUCACAUAAUACCUCUUUCAGUUGAUGGUCUAAUCGUGACUAAUAUAGAAAACAGAACCAAACAGGUGCCGCUUUUUCAAUAAAAAGAUAAGCGCUAUCCAUCAGAUAAAUCAGUACUCAGUGGGUAGGGAUUAGGAAACGCUUUUUUCUAAUGGCUCUUGAUUUAUCCGCUGGUUAGUUCUAUUUUUCCUGUUGAACAACUGGAGACCUCUUGCAAGGCACCUUUCUCUUUCAGUUUAUCUUUUAUAAUUUCCAAAGUGGACAUUGCUUUAAUCUCUUUAAAGUUUGUACAAUAACUUCCAAAAGUUAUUAAAGGCGAAGUUAACUUGAAUGCUACAAGUCUAAAAUCAGAUAGCUUUCCCUGUCAUAUCAUGUUACUCGUGCUGGAUCUUAAUUAAUUUGUAUUUUUAUUUCUCUUCAUCCGGUCCUGUGAUAGUGAGUGCUCCAGUUAGUACGGCACAUGAUUUCAAUCACAGCCUGGCACCCUCCAGUAAAGACCCCCCUUUUCAAGGAAUGUCGGAACCUUCACUGUAUGGAUUGCAGACCCAGAGUACAAUUGCAGGUGACCCGCACUGUUUCAGUGGAUCAACCAGUUCUACAGUUCCUUCCCUGCUUGGUACACCGGGAUAUCUUUCCUCCCACGGAAUGAUGGAACAGCCAAUGCGUGAAUUGCAAACGCAAAGUACAAUUGUCGGCGACCCGCAACCAAGUGGUUCUGACAUGAUUACAGUCACCCACCCUCUAGGAAUCCCGGGAUAUCUUUCCCCGCAUGCAAUGCAAAGUUCUCUGCUACCCAACAUGCGGAGUGGAUGUCCAGUUAUAAGUGAACACACACAAAAUACGGACAGUCCCUCCAAUGAAUCUGGCACAAGUCCAUAA